CCUGGGGCCCGCCGCGAGCCGAGCCCAGGCUCUCCAGGGGAGGGAGCGGCCCCGCCGCGGGGCAGGACAGGGAGCGCGCGGGCCAGCCGCGGAGGGAAGGAGGGAACGAGGGAGGAGCCGCGGCUGGGAGGGAGGAGCCGCGGGAGCCGCGCCGCCGCCGAGCUGCGAUGUGGCCGGUCGGCCGGCGGGUAAACAGAGGGAGCAGCCGCGGCCGUGGCCGCCCCGGCCCGGGGCAGUGAGUGCGCCCGCCGCCAGCCGUCCGCCGCUGCCAUGGCCGAAGUGCGCAAAUUCACCAAGCGGCUCAGCAAGCCCGGCACGGCGGCCGAGCUCCGGCAGAGCGUGUCGGAGGCCGUGCGGGGCUCCGUGGUGCUGGAAAAGACCAAAAUUGUUGAGCCCUUGGACUACGAGAAUGUUAUCACCCAAAGGAAAACCCAGAUUUACAGUGACCCCCUCAGAGACCUGCUUAUGUUUCCAAUGGAGGAUAUCUCUAUCUCGGUGAUAAGUCGUCAGCGCAGAACAGUGCAGUCCACUGUGCCAGAAGAUGCUGAGAAAAGGGCCCAAAGUUUGUUUGUCAAAGAGUGUAUUAAAACCUAUAGCACAGAUUGGCACGUGGUAAACUACAAGUAUGAAGACUUCUCUGGAGACUUUCGAAUGUUGCCGUGCAAAUCUCUGCGACCAGAAAAGAUUCCCAGUCAUGUAUUUGAGAUUGACGAGGACUGUGAGAAAGAUGAGGAUUCCUCUUCGCUCUGUUCUCAGAAGGGUGGCGUCAUAAAACAAGGCUGGUUGCAUAAAGCCAAUGUAAAUAGCACCAUCACGGUUACCAUGAAGGUAUUCAAGAGACGGUAUUUUUACUUGACUCAGCUUCCUGACGGUUCAUACAUUCUCAACUCCUACAAAGACGAGAAAAAUUCCAAAGAGUCUAAAGGUUGUAUCUACUUGGACGCCUGCAUUGAUGUUGUUCAGUGCCCCAAAAUGCGCCGUCAUGCAUUUGAACUGAAGAUGCUGGAUAAGUAUAGCCAUUAUCUAGCCGCUGAAACCGAGCAGGAAAUGGAGGAAUGGUUGCUAACUUUGAAGAAGAUUAUUCAGAUCAAUACUGACAGUUUAGUGCAAGAGAAAAAGGAGCCGGUAGAAACAACCCAAGAAGAUGAAACUAGCAGCCAAGGAAAAGCCGAGAACAUCAUGGCCAGUUUGGAAAGGAGCAUGCAUCCAGAGCUGAUGAAGUAUGGCAGAGAAACUGAACAGCUGAACAAACUCAGUAGAGGAGACGGAAGACAGAAUCUCUUUUCUUUUGAUUCGGAGGUCCAGAGGUUGGACUUUUCAGGAAUUGAACCUGAUAUAAAGCCAUUUGAGGAAAAGUGCAAUAAACGUUUCCUGGUGAAUUGCCAUGAUUUAACUUUCAAUAUCUUGGGUCAAGUUGGAGACAACGUAAAAGGACCACCCACGAAUGUUGAACCCUUCUUUAUCAAUCUUGCCUUAUUUGAUGUAAGGAACAAUUGCAAGAUUUCAGCUGACUUCCAUGUAGACCUGAAUCCCCCAUCUGUCCGCGAGAUGCUGUGGGGCCCCUCCACCCAGCUGGCCGGUGAUGGAAGCCUGAAAAGCUCCUCCCCGGAGUCUUUUAUUCAUGGAAUUGCUGAGUCUCAGUUACGCUACAUAAAGCAGGGAAUUUUCUCCGUGACGAAUCCACAUCCUGAAAUUUUUCUGGUUGCAAGAAUUGAAAAGGUGCUCCAGGGAAACAUUGCACACUGUGCGGAACCCUACAUCAAAAAUUCGGACCCAGCAAAGACGGCCCAGAAGGUGCACAGGACAGCAAAGCAAGUGUGUAGCCGCCUUGGACAAUACAGAAUGCCCUUUGCUUGGGCUGCCAGACCGAUUUUCAAGGAUACUCAAGGUUCUCUGGAUCUGGAUGGGAGAUUUUCUCCUUUGUAUAAACAAGACAGUAGCAAGCUUUCAAAUGAAGACAUUCUCAAGUUGCUCUCAGAGUACAAGAAGCCAGAGAAGACCAAAUUGCAGAUUAUUCCUGGGCAGCUCAACGUCACCGUAGAAUGUGUUCCUGUGGAAUUAUCAAAUUGUAUUACUUCUUCGUAUGUGCCCCUGAAGCCUUUCGAAAAGAAUUGUCAAAAUAUUACUGUGGAGGUUGAAGAGUUUGUUCCAGAAAUGACAAAAUACUGUUAUCCAUUUACUGUUUACAAAAACCAUCUGUAUGUAUAUCCCUUGCAAUUAAAAUACGAUAGCCAGAAAACAUUUGCCAAGGCAAGGAACAUCGCAGUGUGUGUGGAAUUCCGGGAUUCAGAUGAAAGCGACGCUAGCGCUCUAAAGUGUAUUUAUGGAAAACCCGCAGGGUCUGUUUUUACCACAAAUGCUUAUGCUGUUGUCUCGCAUCACAACCAGAAUCCAGAGUUCUAUGAUGAGAUUAAAAUUGAGCUUCCCAUUCACCUGCAUCAAAAACAUCAUUUGCUUUUUACUUUUUACCACGUGAGUUGUGAAAUUAACACAAAGGGAACAACCAAAAAGCAGGACACAGUGGAAACUCCGGUUGGCUUUGCCUGGGUACCUUUGCUGAAGGAUGGGAGAAUCAUUACAUUUGAGCAGCAGCUGCCAGUGUCCGCCAAUCUUCCUCCAGGCUACUUGCAUCUGAAUGAUGCAGAAUCAAGAAGGCAAUCUAAUGUGGAUAUUAAGUGGGUAGAUGGUGCGAAGCCUUUGUUGAAGAUUAAAAGCCACUUAGAGUCUACGAUUUAUACUCAGGAUCUCCAUGUGCACAAAUUCUUCCAUCAUUGCCAGCUGAUUCAGUCAGGCUCGAAAGAGGUUCCAGGGGAGCUCAUUAAAUAUUUAAAGUGUUUGCAUGCCAUGGAGAUCCAAGUCAUGAUACAGUUUCUACCUGUAAUUCUUAUGCAACUCUUCCGGGUUCUCACCAAUAUGACCCAUGAAGAUGACGUUCCUAUCAACUGCACCAUGGUUCUCUUACAUAUCGUUUCGAAGUGCCAUGAAGAAGGCUUGGAUAACUACUUAAGAUCCUUCAUCAAGUAUAGCUUCCGACCUGAAAAACCUAGCGCUCCUCAGGCGCACCUGAUACAUGAGACCCUGGCUACCACCAUGAUUGCCAUAUUGAAGCAGUCUGCCGACUUUUUAGCAAUAAACAAACUGCUGAAGUACUCAUGGUUUUUUUUUGAAAUUAUUGCAAAGUCUAUGGCCACAUACUUGUUGGAAGAGAACAAAAUUAAGCUUCCCAGAGGCCAGAGAUUUCCAGAAGCAUAUCAUCAUGUCCUACAUUCGUUGCUUCUCGCGAUAAUCCCCCACGUGACUAUCCGCUAUGCCGAGAUCCCUGAUGAGUCCCGAAAUGUCAAUUAUAGUUUGGCUAGCUUCUUGAAGCGCUGUCUGACACUAAUGGAUAGAGGAUUUGUUUUCAAUCUGAUAAAUGACUACAUAUCUGGAUUCAGCCCCAAAGAUCCCAAGGUCCUGGCUGAAUACAAGUUUGAAUUUCUGCAAACAAUUUGCAAUCACGAACAUUACAUUCCUCUGAACUUGCCAAUGGCAUUCGCGAAACCUAAACUCCAGCGCGUUCAAGAUUUUUUUUCAUUUGCGGUGGACCGUUUGACUUCAGUAGAUUCAAAUCUUGAAUACAGUUUAUCAGAUGAAUAUUGCAAGCAUCACUUCUUGGUUGGUUUGCUUCUGAGGGAAACCUCCAUUGCUCUUCAGGACAAUUAUGAGAUCAGAUACACGGCUAUCUCUGUCAUAAAGAAUCUUUUGAUAAAACAUGCAUUUGACACUAGAUACCAACACAAGAACCAGCAGGCCAAAAUAGCACAAUUGUACCUACCGUUUGUUGGACUGCUCUUGGAAAAUAUACAGCGGUUAGCGGGUCGAGAUACCUUGUAUUCUUGUGCAGCCUUGCCUAAUUCUGCAUCCCGGGAUGAGUUUGCCUGUGGCUUCACUUCACCUACAAGUAGAGGGAGUCUGAGCAGUGACAAAGACACUGCUUAUGGGUCUUUUCCAAAUGGACAUGGAAUCAAGAGGGAAGAUUCAAGAGGUUCCCUCCUCCCAGAAGGAGCAACAGGAUUUCCAGAUCAGAGCGGGACUGUUGAAAAUACCCGACAGGGUUCUACCAGGAGCAGUGUAUCCCAAUAUAACCGACUGGACCAGUAUGAAAUCAGAAGCCUCUUAAUGUGCUACCUGUAUAUAGUGAAAAUGAUUUCCGAAGAUACUCUCUUAACUUACUGGAAUAAAGUCUCUCCUCAGGAGCUCAUAAACAUUCUCAUCCUUCUUGAAGUGUGUUUGUUCCACUUCAGAUACAUGGGGAAAAGAAACAUAGCCAGGAUACAUGAUGCCUGGCUGUCCAAGCACUUUGGAAUAGACCGAAAAUCGCAGACCAUGCCAGCUCUUCGAAACAGAUCAGGGGUGAUGCAGGCCCGACUUCAGCAUCUUAGCAGCCUGGAAAGUUCAUUUACACUUAAUCACAGCUCCACAACAACUGAAGCAGACAUUUUCCAUCAGGCACUUCUCGAAGGCAACACUGCUACUGAAGUUUCCCUAACGGUGCUGGAUACCAUCUCGUUUUUCACCCAGUGCUUCAAGAGUCAACUGUUAAAUAACGAUGGCCACAACCCACUAAUGAAAAAAGUAUUUGAUAUCCAUCUGGCAUUCCUUAAAAAUGGACAGUCCGAAGCGUCGCUGAAACAUGUUUUUGCCUCCCUGCGAGCCUUCAUCAGUAAGUUCCCUUCAGCCUUUUUCAAAGGAAGGGUGAACAUGUGUGCUGCGUUUUGCUAUGAGGUUUUAAAGUGCUGCACCUCAAAGAUUAGCUCAACCAGGAACGAAGCAUCUGCACUUUUGUACCUUCUGAUGAGAAACAACUUUGAGUAUACCAAAAGGAAAACCUUUUUGAGGACACAUCUGCAGAUCAUAAUCGCCGUGAGCCAGCUGAUAGCCGAUGUCGCGCUAAGCGGAGGGUCGCGAUUUCAGGAGUCUCUAUUCAUUAUUAAUAAUUUUGCCAACAGUGACAGACCUAUGAAGGCAACUGCUUUUCCUGCAGAAGUCAAAGACUUGACCAAGAGAAUCCGUACCGUUCUCAUGGCCACUGCUCAAAUGAAGGAGCAUGAGAAAGAUCCAGAAAUGCUCAUUGAUCUUCAGUAUAGCUUAGCCAAGUCCUAUGCAAGCACCCCGGAGCUCAGGAAAACCUGGCUUGAUAGCAUGGCCAAGAUUCACAUAAAAAAUGGAGAUUUUUCAGAGGCAGCAAUGUGUUACGUCCACGUGGCAGCUUUGGUUGCAGAGUUUCUUCAUCGAAAAAAAUUAUUCCCUAAUGGAUGUUCAGCCUUCAAGAAAAUUACUCCCAAUAUAGACGAAGAAGGAGCCAUGAAAGAAGAUGCUGGAAUGAUGGAUGUCCAUUAUAGUGAAGAAGUGUUGCUGGAAUUGCUAGAACAGUGUGUGGAUGGCUUAUGGAAAGCAGAACGUUACGAAGUAAUUUCUGAGAUUUCCAAGUUGAUCAUUCCAAUUUAUGAGAAACGUCGUGAAUUUGAGAAACUUACUCAAGUUUAUAGAACUCUUCAUGGAGCUUACACAAAAGUUCUAGAGGUUAUGCAUACAAAAAAGAGACUUUUAGGGACUUUCUUCAGGGUUGCCUUUUAUGGCCAAUCUUUCUUUGAAGAAGAAGACGGGAAGGAGUACAUCUACAAAGAACCUAAACUCACCGGCCUCUCGGAGAUUUCCCUGAGACUCGUGAAACUUUAUGGCGAAAAAUUUGGCACAGAGAAUGUUAAAAUAAUUCAGGAUUCUGAUAAGGUAAACGCCAAAGAGCUCGAUCCAAAAUAUGCUCAUAUCCAAGUCACUUACGUGAAGCCCUACUUUGAUGACAAAGAACUCACAGAAAGAAAGACCGAGUUUGAAAGAAACCAUAAUAUCAGCAGAUUUGUUUUUGAAGCUCCUUACACAUUGUCUGGCAAAAAACAAGGUUGCAUAGAAGAACAGUGCAAACGCCGCACAAUCUUGACCACUUCCAACUCCUUCCCGUACGUGAAGAAGAGGAUCCCUAUCAGCUAUGAACAGCAGAUCAAUUUAAAGCCCAUUGAUGUUGCUACUGAUGAAAUCAAAGAUAAAACGGCAGAGCUUAACAAACUUUGCUCCUCUGCUGACGUCGACAUGAUUCAGCUCCAGCUGAAAUUGCAAGGCUGUGUCUCAGUGCAGGUAAAUGCUGGUCCAUUAGCAUAUGCAAGGGCUUUCUUAAAUGAUAGUCAAGCUACUAAGUACCCACCUAAGAAAGUAAAUGAGUUGAAAGACAUGUUUCGGAAAUUCAUACAGGCGUGCAGCAUUGCCCUUGAACUAAAUGAGCGGCUAAUUAAAGAAGAUCAAAUUGAGUACCAUGAAGGGCUCAAGUCAAAUUUCAGAGACAUGGUGAAAGAAUUGUCUGACAUUAUCCACGAGCAGAUAUUACAAGAAGACACGAUCCAUUCCCCCUGGAUGAGCAACACGUUCCAUGUAUUUUGUGCAAUUAGCGGUACAUCGAGCGACCGAGGUUAUGGUUCCCCAAGAUACACUGCUGAAAUCUGAGGACAUGUAGAUCCCAAGUGACAAUGAGACUGACCUUUCUCAGGAAAAAUCGGAGCUGUGCAAAUGUUAAAAAUGGAAAGAUUUGAUAGACAUGAAGUGUUUCUUCCUGACACCAAAAUUUUCAUGCUUUCAAACAGGGUGCUUACGUAUUUGUAAAUAGUUAAGCAACUUGAAAGUGCCUGGAAAAUUGCACCACUGUGCUUGGUUUGUACUUUUUUAGGUAAAUCUAUAUACGGAGAAGUAGAGCUCAAAACCAUUCAUUCAAUUUGCUUAAUUAUUGCUUCAGAUCAUAAUGGUACUGUGUAAAAUUGUAUAAUGGAACACAAUAAAAGGUUAAACUUAUUUGUAAUUAGAAGUGAAGGAAAUAAUACUUUGAACUUAGCAUUUUUCUUGACAGGAAGCUUAAUUCAUGAUCCUACUGAUCCUUGGAGAGAAAAAAAUUGAUAAAAUUGCCGUAAAACAUGGACAUUUCAAAUUGGGGAGGUAAUUGGAACUCCUGCCUGCUAGGAGUCAAGACGAGGCUCAAGGAACCAGGAUGGCUAUACGUGGAAAAACCAAACUUACUCUUCCUUCAAGUUUUGAUGCAGUGACGCUGGGUGACCAAGUUGGUCUCUCUGUGCCUUCCAGGACAAGGGAUUGGUGUGUGACCUAGCUCGCCCUAGGAAGUGGCCUUUGCCCCUGCAGAGCUUCAUCAUCUAGGGCUAUCCACAAAGCCAAGUAAAACAUUUCUGAGAAUUUACAGUCAGAACAUCCUAUGUAAGUUCAAAGCUUUCAAAGUAGAAGAAUGCCUCCCUAGGCAUUUUGUAAGGACUGUUUUUUUGUCUGUGUACAAGAUUAGCAAGUAUUUUGAUAGAACUGGACAGUUGCAGCAUUUGGAGGGGUGGGGAGUCAAGAUGCGUACCCACCGCCGAUCUGACGACUUGCCAGCUAGGGAUUCCAUUUCUAACUACAUAGACCUCUCAGACUCCCUACAUCAUUCAGGACCCACGGAGCUGUAAAGGACUUUAUUUAUUUUUUUUUAGCUUGAAUUAUCCCUAUAAUUUUGGCCACCUUUCAUGUAAACUCUAAGUUCAAGACAUAAUUUCCUUAUCGAGUUUAGCCAGUUUCACGUAGGGAAAAAAAAAAGUGAAAUCCAAAUGAAUUGCAAGGAACCUUAGCUUUUCUCCUGCUUUGUGAUCAAGGGAGUCUUAAAGACAAUGCCCCUGGCUGGCCAUUUUUCCUUACAUGUCAUCUUUAAGCUUUUUAAGGGAGCAGGCCAUUAUUUAUUGAAGUUUUAAUUUUGUAUUUUCACAGGGGAUUCCAAAGUAUUGCAGAAGCAGUUUGUAAUACCUUGGAGUAAGGUGUAGCGUUCCUUUCACCUUCAAAGUGAUUGGAUUUGGUUUGUACAGGGAAGAAGCCAUCACCUAGAGCUAAUGCUCCCACCUGAGAAUGAAGCAUCUUGGGAGAACGGGAGUGCUCCUUAGUCAAUAACUAGUCCCUCCAGGGCCCCCAGCAUAGCAUUACGUAUCAUGGGUAAUUUUUUGUCAAGUUUAGUAAGUGACCACUACACUCAAGGAGCUUGCCACGUAGUGGAGGCAAGAUAGACACAGAAUUAAAUGUAAUACAAGAACCGACAACAGGACCCAAGAACAGUUGUCUGGGAGCAUCGCCAGGUGAAGGCCACUGGGCAUAAGCCAUAUCACCUCCAAGGACUGAGAGGUCACUGGAUGGUAGUGUUCGGGGAUGGUUUUGUGGAUCAAAGGGAGUUCUGAACAGGCUUUCAAAAAUGAGCAGGUAGCCUUGGCAGGAGGAAGAUGGCAUGCAAAGACAUGAAACGAAUUAGCAGAAGCUCAGGAGAUGGCGAGGAGAUGGGUUUUGUCCAAGGGAGUGGUAGACGAUGGAAGUAUAGAAUGCAAGUUUGGCCCUGGAUUGUGGAAGGCCUUGAAUGCCAGACUAAUAAUGCGUGGACUUUACUCAGUAAACACGGGGGAGGCAGGCAAAGGUUUUUAGACAGACCACUUGAUUAAAUGUUACUUUUAGGUGUUUAAUCCUUUGCAUUGCUGUUGAAUGUUUUGGAGCCAGAGAGAUGGAAAUACAGAAACCAGUUUGCAGUAAUCUAGCUAGGAGACUCUAAACCCCUAGAUAAGAACAAGCAUGAAGAAGAAAGGACCAGUACAGGAGACACCCUGGGGAAAGACUGGGCCUGAGUUAUUGAUGACUAAGGAGAAAACAAGGGCGUGUUAAGGAUAAUUGUGUGACCCGUGGCCAUUCGGAUCUCCAGGUCGUGACAAUUUCCCUAGGUUUCUGCCUCCGACUUUUAGACUAAGGGCAGCAAGCUGUAGAGGACGAGGCAGGCUAGACUGGAGGAAGCCAGAAACUUGUGUUUGGAAACAUGGCAUGUAUUAGGUAUCAUUGUUUAUAGAGCUGAAUGAUUUCAUGAAGUGAUUUAGCCUUUAAAAAUUAAUUCAUAUCAAAAAAUGCACUGUCCCGACCAUUUCACAGUUCUGCCUGAAUCCAAUUCCCUGUGGAAGCUUCUGUUUUGGUAGUCUUUGGCCAUAUUGUAAAACAGGAACAAGUCAACAUCACUAGUGUUUAUCACUACAGUGACAACCCAAAGGGACAAAAACGAUGCAACUUUUCCAAGUAACCAGCUGUUGCCGGUGGCAUCAUGUCUAUGGACGAGAUUGUUAUUAUCAUCAUAUUUAUGUGAUCGGCCUGCUUAUAUAAACUUUGUAAACAUCUUUUUAAAAACGAAAUAGAAAGCAGCAGUGGUAGCAACCGUCUUGGAACCUUGACCACCAUAUCAUAGAACUGGAGGUGACUCAUUGGUUAAUGAAAAACUAAAUAGGUCAGUGUAACAACCCAGACUUUUUCUAUAUAAAUACUAGUUGUAUCUGAGAUGGAGAAUCCGAGCAACAUAUUGGAAAAAUAGGAAUUUCUCAACUCCUCAGAAUAUUAAUAAUCAGAUAAGUAUUUCAGGUUUCCAACCCACAAAAUGGUGGACUAUCUUCAGUCUUGGUCUUGCGCAAAAAGUACACAUCUUCAGCUAUCAAAACACAAAGGGAAAAGAAUAGAAUAAAAGUUGGUUGGGAAUGGGGAAGGCGGUUGUGUAACAAGGCUCUUCCCCUAUCCUCAGAGUUGGCCAAUAAGAGCACUUUGUUUAUCUGGUUCCAGUUACAAUAAAGGCUUUUUUUCUACUCCCCAA